AUGAGAUCGCAUGUGGUAGAAUUUAGAAAAACUCAGUUGAACGAAUUUCUUAAAAGUUCUGGCUUAGCUCCAGUUCGUAACGUAGACAUGGGAUCACCAACAGCAGCAGAAAGAACAAGAAGAAGAAACAUAGCUGAAGCAUGCCAAGUUAUGGUUGCUGUUUUGCGAGUACUGUCACCAAAUUAUCCCUGUGAACUGUGGCUAAACGUAAAGGACUCUAACGACAUGUGUGAAGCUUUAGAAGUACGUAAAGAGGUUGCCUUAAGAGAAGAUGACGUGAAGUAUCUGCGAGCGCUUUCUGAAUCAUACAAUAACGCCACAAGUGCAAAUGUUAAACUGCAAAUUCUUUCUAUAAUGGCGGAUAUCACCACGUUGCAAGAAAUACGCAAUUACAUUCCAGGCCUAACAAAAUAUAUGUUUUGUCAAGCAAGACAACAUAUUUUAGUUUCUGGGCGAGGAGCGCCUGUAAUUGCAGAACAAAGCCCGAGAUGGAGAAUCGAUCUUAACCAGUUGGAUCACUUCUUGGAUUUUAUUACCAGUCCCUACAUCGUGCAGGAUUUACCAUUCGGUGAACGGUUUCUGAAAUUGUCGACUGGGGAAGUAGUGCAGACACCGAAUGUUAUCAGAGUAUCGGUCAGCGGACACAUCAUUGACCAAUACGUACAGUAUUGCAACGAAACAGAGGUGAAACCUCUAAGCAACAGCACAUUACGACGCAUUUUAUCCUCCUGUCAGGCAUCUACGCGAAAGUCCUUACAAGGUCUCGAUUACUUUGUUUGUGAGGGUAGCAAGGCCUUUGAUGACUUGGAACAACUCAUUGGGAACCUUGUUGACAGUGGGUUUGACGCACGUACAGCGCAAAACCUACAGAUGAAGUUAAAGGAGGGAAAGAAUUACGUUAAAACGGAUUUCAAAGUAAGAACCUAUGGUAAUAUAAUUAUUAAAUGUGUAAUUCCAGAAAAUGUCCAUACCCCCCCCCCCUCCCCCACGGAGGGCAACGGAAAUUCUGAAGGGAGGUGGGUCCAUAAGAUAGCAACUUUUGAGGGGGUGGGGGUGGCAAGCUAUUAGUUAUUUUACUCUCAAUCGUGUUCCAAAGCAAAUUUUUUUUUUCAUCGAUGAUCUUUUAUUUGCAGUCGGCUGAGUGCUUUUUUACAGCUUGCACGAUUUUAUAUAACAAUUGUCGUCGGCUCGUGAAUAAACGUCUGGUUAUCUAUGGGUUGCUUUGUUGCACAAUAUAUUGCGGUAUUCAAUAUAAUGUGGUCAUGUUGUAUUAAGCUUCCUUCUAACACGUUUUUAACUGAAAAGAAGUAAUUGAAGUUCAUUGGUUGAAGAGAAGGGGGUUUGACAAACACCCGCUGAAAUAGAGAUUCCAGGGGGUGGGGGUCUAAAACAAAAGUGCCCUCCGUGAGGGUAUGGAUAUUUUUCUACCUACACAAUCUACCAUGUCUUUCGGCGCUCCUGAUUUGAAGAAGAGUGUACUUUAAAGAGUUUAUAAUGACGAGUGGGAGUGAUACAGUGGGGAAAAGGUUUUUUUUUAUGGCGAAUUAUUUGCCAAUCCGAUCUGUCAAAUGAUGCGCUGUCAAAAAUAACAUUUUCGUCAUUGUUUAGUGUCUCUGUCAUAUUUUAUGUAUAUUCUCCAGAAUAGUCUGGUCUCCCGUAAUCUUGCUCUGAGACUAUCUUGCUUCUACAAUAGGUUCACGUUUCCAGCUCUUCGCGCGUGUCAGAUCACUGUAGCCAAUACGCACUAGGUGACAGUAAAGAUCCUGCUUUUAGAGGUACCUGCACUCAAGAUCAUGACCUGAUAUGCAAUCGCUGUGAAGACCUUAAAGCUGUUCUGUCCGACACCCAAAAGGCAAUUCAGGAAUCCUGCUUCGAGUGCCAGUAUGAUAAGGAGGAUGCUCUUCACAGAUUUCAAGAAGCAACUCGAGCAAUUCAGCUUUGGAAGUCACACCAGCUCAGACUUGUUAAUCAGGAUAAUGCCCGUACAGACGUUAUUGAAUGCCUCGAUGACAGCAAAGUGCUCCUUGUACAAGACUGGGCUAUGAAAUUUCUCCCUCGUCAGUACCGAGAAUCCCAAGGAGAAUGGUUUGCGAAAAAAGGGAUCUCCUGGCACAUCACUGUAGGGAUCAGAAAGAAAGAGAGUGAACUUGAAACACAGGCGUUCGUGCAAGUAGUUGAGAAGUGUAUCCAGGACAGCCCUUGUGUUGUCCAGUUAAUGGAACAUGUUCUUUCUACUCUCAAGAGGGAACACCCUGAGAUCAAAAGCGCCUUUUAUCGCCAAGACAAUGCAGGCUGCUACCAUGCAGCCAACACCAUCCUUGCCUGUAAAGACAUCAGCCAGCGAUCGGGAAUCUUCAUUCAACAAUUAGACUUCUCCGAUCCUCAAGGAGGAAAGGGCGCUUGUGACCGUUUUGCAGCAACAAUGAAAAACCAUGUACGCUCUUUUGUUAACGAAGGUAACGAUGUCCUUACAGCAGAGCAAUUUCUUUCUGCACUUACCUCACGAGGUGGAGUGUCUCGAGCCCGAGUGUCUCUGGUACAAGGCAACAGUUCUAACAAAACCAAUGUAAAGUGGCUUCAAUCGUUUGAAAAUUGGUGUUUGGCUUUUUUUAUUGCAGUGGGCACUGUUUGAUAUUAACUAUUUUAUGCUUCAGGA